CGGCGGCGACCACUGCGCAGGUCGGACCUCGUUCGCUCCUAACUCGCUCCGCUUCCUCUGCAGCCAUGUCUGACAAACCCGAUAUGGCUGAGGUUGAGAAAUUCGAUAAGUCGAAACUGAAGAAAACAGAAACGAAAGAGAAAAAUCCACUGCCUUCACAAGAAACGAUUGAACAGGAGAAGCAAGCAGGCGAGUCGUAAUGAGGCGUGCGCCGCCAAUAUGCACUGUACAUUCCACGAGCAUUGCCUUCUUAUUUUACUUCUUUUAGCUGU